AAUUUAAUUUAUUUAAUUUCAAUUCAAAGAAGAUUCAAAGAGACAAGCUUUGAUAGUUUCAAAUCUCACAAAACAAUACACAUUGCCUCCCCUCACUCCUCCUUCUCCCUCUUCUUCUCAUACUUUUUCCCUCCUCUCCACACUUCCGACGCCAUUUUCUUCUUCUCUCUCACCCUUUUCUGGAUUUUCUCUUAAUUCUUCUCUUUCGUCGCCGGACAUCUUGGACUGCACUGCACCGAAGCUGACCGGAGCUUUUUAUGGUUCGAACCGAUCCCAUCAUUUUAAGCUACAUUCCGGUCCUAGCUAGCUUAUUGGUGAAACCCCAUAUGCUAUCUAUUUGAGGAAAUGACUCUUCUUAGUAGAUUCUUUUACAAGAGACCCCCGGAUGGGUUGCUGGAAUUUAUUGACCGAGUAUAUGUUUUUGAUUCGUGUUUUUCUACGGAAGUCUUGACUGAAGAAUUGUACCAAAUAUACUUGCACGAAGUCAUUACCGAGUUACAUGAAGAAUUUCCUGACUCAUCUUUCCUUGCAUUCAAUUUUCGUGAUGGUGAAAAGCGAAGCCAAUUUGCUGAAACACUCUGUGAAUACGAUGUUACCGUUAUGGACUAUCCUCGGCAAUAUGAGGGUUGCCCCCUCCUCCCAUUGUCUUUGAUUCAACAUUUUCUUCGUGUUUGUGACAACUGGCUGUCACUUGGGAAUGAGCAGAAUAUUAUUCUUGUACACUGUGAGAGAGGGGGUUGGCCACUCUUGGCAUUUCUCUUAGCUAGUUUUCUGAUUUUCAAAAAGAUUCACAGUGGUGAACGGAAGACUCUUCAAAUUGUUCAUCGAGAAGCUCCCAAAGGUUUCUUGCAACUGCUAUCACCUUUAAACCCAUUGCCAUCUCAACUUCGUUAUCUUCAGUAUGUGACGAGAAGAAAUAUAACUCCAGAGUGGCCACCUCCUGAGCGAGCUUUGUCUUUAGACUGUGUCAUUCUUCGAGCUAUACCAGGCUUUGAUUCUCAAAAUGGUUGUAGACCAAUUAUUCGCAUUUUUGGUAGGAGUCUUUUAAGUAAGGGUGCGGUUACUACCCAAAUGUUAUUCUCUAUGUCCAAAAAGAAGACUCUGCGACACUACUGUCAGGUAGACUGUGAUGUGAUCAAAAUUGACAUUCAGUGCUUGGUUCAAGGAGAUGUUGUAAUGGAGUGCGUCCAUUUAGACCUGGAUUCUGAAAGAGAAGUUAUGAUGUUUCGUAUAAUGUUCAAUACAGCAUUCAUUCGUUCCAACAUAUUAAUGUUAAAUUCUGAUAACUUGGACAUCCUUUGGGAUUCAAAAGAGCGUUAUCCAAAAGGAUUUCGGGCAGAGGUAUUGUUUGGGGAUGUUGAAAGCAUCUCUCCACCUAGGGCUCCAACGACAAUUUUAAAUGGUGAGGAAAAAGGUGGCUUACCCAUCGAAGCUUUUUCAAGGGUUCAAGAACUAUUCAACGGUGUUGAUUGGGUUGAUAGCAAUGAUGAUGCUGCACUAUGGUUACUUAAACAACUCUCAAUCAUGAGUGAUGCGAAAGACUUUUCAAGGUUUCAAAAUAAGACAAGUUUUUACUCUUCGCCGGGUGACUCAGAAGAAGAAAACAAUGCAUCUAGUACUGCUGAUAGUACUGAUGAAGCUUUUGAUAUUGUUUCAAAGACUUCAAUGGAUUCCGCAAAGCCAUUGAUACUUGAUGCAGUUGAUUCAUUUCCCUCAUCUUUUGAAAAUGAAGGUGGAAAGGAUGUCAAUCUUGCUUUCGAAUCACUUGAUCAAGUGUUGGUUGAAUCUAGUCAAUCAUCAUUUCCAAGAGAAGGAUCUCCACGUCUUUUAACUACUGCAACACUUCCUCAAUCACCCUUUCCCUCUCACUCACAUCCUCAACAACAACCAUUAUCUCCGACGUCAACAUCAAUAACAAGACCACCGUCGCCGUCACCGCCACCAUCACCACCACCAGCCUUUAAUAAGGAAUAUACUACAACCUUUUUUGAUACUAACAGAGGUCCAACUCCUCCUCCACCGCCUCCUCCACCUCCUCUUUUUAAUUUGUCCAAACCUAUCUUGUUAUCACCGCCACCACCACCACCGCCACCAUCAUUUGUGCCUUCAUCCACCAUUAGUUUAAAUUCAUCUCCACCACCUCCACCGCCGCCUCCAUCUGGAAGUAAUACUAGGUCACCACCACUGCCUCCGCCUCCGCCUCCACCUCCCCCUCCUACUAGCAAUACUAGAGCCCCACCCCCGCCCCCGCCCCCACCAUCUAAUAGUAAUACUACUAACAAACUAGCUCCACCUCCACCUCCACCUCCACCUAUACCAUUGUUGUCUAAUGGAAAUGCUACUAGACCACCACCACCACCUCCUCUUCCAUCUGUUGGUAAUACUAAUAAAGCACCAUUACCCCCUCCACCCCCACCCCCAACCCCUCCAUUUGCUGGUAAUACUAUUAAAGCACCAUUACCCCCUCCACCCCCACCCCCUCCAUUUGCUGGUAAUACUAUUAAAGCACCCCCACCCCCACCACCUCCACAUCCAUCAUUUGCUGGUAAUAGUAGGCCACCACCUCCACCUCCACCUCCUUUAGGUCCUGCAAGAUCUACUCCACGGCCUCCCCCUCCACCUCCUUCAGGACCUGCAAGAUCUACUCCUCCACCUCCACCUCCUGCACCAAAACUCCCUAAUGCUCCUCCACCGCCAACUCAUGGUGUUGCACCAUCUCCACCCCCACUGCCAGGGGCAAAACAAUCAAGUGCACCACCACCACCACCUUUAAAAGGAAAAGUCUCUUCUGGGUCAACAAUUCAAGGAAGAAGUCGGGGUGCAAGUGUUGCCAUUAAUGCCCCCAAAAAAGCUUCUUUAAAGCCUCUACAUUGGGUGAAAGUUACUCGGGCAAUGCAAGGGAGUUUAUGGGCUGAUUCUCAUAAACAAGACAAUCAGUCAAGGGCUCCUGAAAUAGAUAUAUCGGAACUUGAAAGUCUAUUCUCAGCUGCAUCUGCUACAGAUGGAGCUGGUAACAAGGGUGGAGUUCGUCGUGGUCCUAACAUAAACAAGCCAGAAAAAGUGCAAUUGGUUGACUUGCGCAGAGCAUAUAACUGUGAAAUUAUGCUAUCAAAGAUUAAAAUACCUUUGCCAGAAAUGAUUAAUGCUGUUCUGGCUUUGGAUUCUUCUACGCUGGACAUUGAUCAGGUUGAGAAUCUCAUUAAAUUUUGUCCAGCAAAGGAAGAAAUGGAAAUUCUUAAGAAUUAUGCAGGUGAAAAAGAAAAGCUUGGGAGGUGUGAACAGUUUUUCAUGGAACUGAUGAAGGUUCCACGAGUUGAAUCCAAGUUGAGGGUGUUUGCUUUCAAAAUCACAUUUUCCAGUCAGGUGAAUGAUUUAAGAAAUCAUCUGAAUACAAUUAACAAUGCUACUAGAGAGGUGAAGGAAUCAGGGAAAUUGCGUCAGAUAAUGCAGACAAUUCUAACUUUGGGAAAUGCUCUGAAUCAAGGCACUGCACGAGGAUCUGCCAUAGGGUUCAAAUUGGAUAGCCUUCUGAAAUUGUCGGAUACUCGAGCAAGAAAUAACAAAAUGACUUUAAUGCAUUAUUUGUGCAAGCUCCUUGCUGAGAAAAUGCCAGAGUUGCUGGAUUUUGAUAAGGAUCUUAUUCAUUUAGAAGGUGCCUCUAAGAUUCAAUUGAAAGCUUUGGCUGAAGAAAUGCAAGCUGUGAGCAAAGGUCUUGAAAAGGUUGAGCUAGAACUUGCUGCUUCAGAAAAUGACGGUUCAAUCUCUCUGGGUUUCCAGAAGGUUCUAAAGAGUUUUCUUGAUACUGCGGAAGCUGAAGUACGGUCGCUAAUAUCCUUAUACUCUGAAGUGGGAAGAAAUGCAGAUUCGUUGUCCCAAUACUUUGGAGAGGAUCCAGCUCGGUGUCCUUUUGAACAAGUGACACAAAUCUUGGCGGUCUUUGUGAAAAUGUUCAAUAAGUCACGAGAUGAGAAUGAAAAGCUGGCUGAUGCUGAGAAAAAGAAACUAGAGAAGGAAGCCAUGAAAGACCGGAGUAUGGCUCUUUCAUCUGCAAAGAAAGAUGAAGAUAAAAUUUCUUCAAUCUCAGAGGCUAUUCUAGGGAAAACAAAAAUCAAACAAUAGUCUUGCCUGACUUAGAGCCCUGAGAUAAAGAAAGGAAGGGACGAAACCCUGGAAGGAAAGUUGGAGCUUGCUAGAAUGGCAUGAAUUGUUAAGCACAAAGGUGGAUUAUAGGAUCACUCCAUUUAAUUGCCAGACAAAUUUUGGCCAACUUUCAACUGCAUGGUUUGACACAUGAAACCAAGCCUUUCUGAAGACCAGAAUGCUUGGGAAUACGCCACUAAAUUUUAUGCUGUAGACCGGCAAUCGCACUGGUUUUAUGCGAGUACAACUGUUCCCCGAGAUGCUGUUCCCCGAGAUGCGAGUACAGCUGUUCGGUGGUGUGUAGUUUUAGAAAUUGUGAAUAAUAUACAAGAAGAAAGAAUGCCUGCAGCUAUUUCACCUCCUAAAUAGCAUUGUUUUUAAUAUUUAUUCAAAGUUAAUGUAAAGAAUCAGAAAUUUUGCGGCAUUUGGUGCGUAGUCGGCUAAUUGUUAGUCAUAUUUCUCUGGGCA